UAAAACCUGGUCCUGCCCCUCCCUGCUUUCUUCCUCCUCCCUUCCCCACUCCUCCUCCCCCCUGGAAAAAGAGGAACUGGGACAAGAACCGUGCGCCGCGCAUUCAGACGACCGAGCGCUGCUGACCGAAUAGCGCGCACACACAGCGUACCCCCGUCACGCCCGUUGCUACCGUCACACUACUACUACUACGCCACCUUCAUUCAACGUUCGUUCACUUCACCAGAUCCAUGGCCAUUGGAUCUCUCGGCGGCAUAGGAUAGCUUGAUUAGAUUUUUCUCCUGCAGUUGGAAAAGUUGAGACGGCGAACUAUAGGAAGCGAGUGAAAACAAGCGGCCAUCAAACCACCAAGUAAAGAAAAGAGACUCACGGUGCAGACGCGGCUCUAGUGGUGGACUAGACGCACUCACAGCAGACUCGGCGUACCAUCUUGCGACAUUCCAGUCCACAGAUUUAUGACGACAACCAGUCGGGACCAGUAAAAAAAAGAAAGAAAGACGGUUGAAGCUGCUGCUUACAUCCGUUUUGUGUCGUCCAGCCGGCGUAGGACGUGUAGUACGUCUCAUUUCUUUCUAAAGCCGUGUCCGUCCCGCGUGUAUGUGUUCUCGAGUGCUUGGUGUCAGUUUCGUGAGUGCUUCAACUAGCAGUGUUCCUUCGUGCGAGUCACUCCUUAUAGUAGUAAUUAUCAUACGUUUUCACACCAUUAUUCCAUCAGCCAGUUGAUAGUCUCAGAUUCGAUUCAAUGAAUUUUCAUUGGCUACACCUGAUGAAACGUGCGAGGUUGCCUGUUGCAGACGGCAUUAAGACUCGAAUACGAACAGAAAACGCCCAUCAUAGGACAUUUUCUUUUGCUCUGAAUUCUCCUAUUUCGUGUCUUUGUUGUUAAUUCAGCUAAAGAAGAAAGGCACAGGCGAUAAAAUUUAAAUUUCGAAAAUCGACGAGAAAAUAGUUUACUCCCACCGAAAGAGAAAGAAUAAUUGAAACCCUCUAUUUUUAGUUUGUCCUAGUUUGCAUCUGGUUUAUUCACUCGUUUCUGCCAUGUGAAGGCAAAUUAUUCGCAUUUGUAUUCUGCAUCUAUUCUAUUUAAGGACCCUAUUUUGUUCGCUGCCAUCUUCCUCUAUGCUCUUCAUCUACGACUUGUUUCCUACGUGACUAACUUUUCAAUAUUUAAAGAUGGAAUAGUUGUAAUAUCCCGUUAGAAAUGACACGGCAACAGAAUAAGGGAUAACGUAAUCGUGAUUUUUAAUUUCUGACCUGCGUCUACAUGUUUCGCUUUCACUGCGGGAACCCCCAUGGUUCAGUGAAUAGGCUAGAUCUAUUACUUAUUCCACGUAUAUGAUUCCUUCCAAUUUGUUUAGCAUGGCUUUUGUUUGUUCGAUGGUUCAUAUCACAGAACUUUGCAAUUAAUUUUCUUUGUUUUGUUUGCGUCUGAUCGUGCAUAGGAUUCCAAACAAGUGGUGGGCGGUGUCGGCUUUUUGUAAAAGGCGGACAUUGUGCGGACAGUGCGUCAUCAUUACCCAUUGCAAUAUCCAGCCGGCCAGCCAGCCAGCCAGUCGCCGCCAUGGACAGCGAGUUAUCCAAUUUGGUGGAGUUUUACAGAGGCAGGAGCGUGUUCGUUACGGGCGGCACGGGAUUCUUGGGCAAAGUGCUAGUGGAGAAAUUGCUGCGUUCCUGUCCGGAUAUCAAGGCCGUUUAUUUGCUCAUCCGGCCGAAAAAGGGCCAGGAAGUCCGCAGCCGGAUUGAGGAAUUCAACCAACACAUCGUUUUCGAGAAUUUACGCCGUGACCGACCCCAGGCCAUGGAUAAAGUGAUCCCUGUGGCCGGAGAUGUGACUCUGGAAGGCUUUGGAAUUUCGCCAGAGGAUUUGAAACUUCUCUGUGAUGAAGUUUCUAUCGUCUUUAAUUCAGCGGCCACCGUCCGCUUCGACGAGGAUUUGCGGACAGCCGUUGACCUCAACGUCAAAGGCCCACAACGGCUCAUGAACGUCUGUCAUCAAAUGAAGCGUCUGGAGGCUCUCGUCCACGUUUCUACGGCUUACAACAAUCUGGACAAGGAGAGCAUUGAGGAAGUCAUUUACCCGACGCCUAUUACGCCUCGCAAGCUGCUUGAAAUCGUCGACUGUCUGGACGCCGACAUGCUGACGAGCAUUACUAGCCAGCUUGUUGGCAAAUGUCCUAAUACGUACGCUUAUACCAAAGCCAUCGCCGAACAGUUGCUGCGUGAAGAACACGGUGACAUUCCGCUGGCGAUUGUCAGACCAUCGACCGUAACGGCCGCUCUGUUUGAGCCCAUGCCCGGUUGGAUAGAUAACAUCAAUGGCCCAACUGGCAUCAUCGCUGGAGUUGGCAAGGGUUUCCUGCGAGUCGUUCGAUCCCAACCGGAACUAGUUGGCGAUUUGAUCCCCGUGGAAUUCCCUAUUCAUUUGAUGCUAGCCGUGGCUUGGUACACAGCCACUCACAAGUCGAAGGAAGUAAAAGUCUACAAUUGCUCAACGGGUGACCAUAACCCACUGACCUGGGGAGAUUUCCGAACAAUUGCAUUCGAAGCAUGGAUGAAAGACCCAGGCGGUGAUAUCAUGUGGUAUCCUAGUAUCAGCUUUAUCAGUAACGAGUGGAAUUACCUCAUCGCAGCCUACAUCUUCCACUACAUUCCGGCAUACAUAAUCGACUGCCUCGGUCGACUGCUCGGCAAACAGCCGAAACUUGUUCGCUUUUACAGCAAAGCCGACAAGGCGAUGGCUUGCCUCAAUUUUUACACGAUCCGACAGUGGCGAUUCAUCAGCGAUAAUGCCAUCCGCCUGCUGGAGAAGAUGUCACCAGCGGAUCGUGAGACUUUCUACUUUGACGUGCGUGAUAUCAACUGGAAACAGUACAUCACCAACUACGUUGCAGGCACCAAAAAGUACAUUCUUAAGGAUUACACACCUACAGAAAAGGCGAAAGUCAUCAUCAAAAGGUUCUAUUGGCUGCAGAAGGCGACUCAUGGAAUCCUUUUGCUCAUCGUGGUCUUUAUUGGCUUGCGUUUGUUCAGUUGGAUAUUUGGCGGCGCACUGCUGGCCACGUAGCCGCUCAUCGCAAUCAUUCAGCGCUUUCCGCAGCUACCAUGAUCAACUCCGACUAUCAUUUAUAUAAAUAUUUUUUUUGUCUUGUCAUUUAAUCUUUUUGAUCUUGUAGAAAGUAGAACCUCUUCACCAAUUGAUGAAAAAAGUGAAAAAAAAAAAAUGAAAAAGAAAAAUGAGAAAAUUAAAAAAAAAAAUAAUUGUAACAAUUUAAAAAAAACAGUAGUGGCAAAGAAGGAAAUUUAUAGUUCAAGUGCGAAAGCAAAUUACAGAGCAAUGGAAACCAAUAUGUGCAAGUAUAUAUGUGAUGACAUUGUAUGUGUGUAUUUUGUUUCUCGAAUGCCUGUUUUCUUUUUAUUCUCUCAGUUUUGGCUCGUGUGGAUGGAGAAAAAUCAAGACAAACAACAAAAUAUUGUAAUGCCGAACGAGUUCUAUAUUUGUUAUUCAAUUUUUUUUUUUUUUUAAUAUUUGAAUUUGAAUUUCGGCCGUUUCUGCUAAGUGUCAGGAAUCCGUCUAAUUGCUUAGCGGUAUUCUCCCAUGUUCCAUAUGCACAACAAUCUCGCAUGAUUACAUCUUCUACCUUUAUUCCUCUCGCAGCUCGUGUCUUAAGAAGGCGGCUGCCAUUGCAAAACAAAAACAAACCGCAAUAAAAUAUUCAUAUUAUUCAUUAAUUAAUAUGCACCUCCGUCUGCUCAUCCACAAUAAAUAAACGACAAACAUUCUUGUCUAGUACUGCAGUACUAAUACUCA